UUUAAAAAAAAAACGGUUUCCUGCUUUUGCGGUGUUUUCGCCCUUCGCUGUUAAUUGCAGAACAGACUUGUAGUUUCGAUGCACUGGGAAGUGGGGAAAUGUUUAAAGCCAGUACACUGGUUCAGUGCAUUACUCGCCGCCGAUACCGUGUGCUUCCAGUUCAACGUUUCCUCUCCGUGACGCACAGGAUAAAAUCUGUCCGGAUAAUUUCACUUCGAGCUGUUGAAGAGAGUUGUCUCCCACGUCGCUGGUAGUUUCCCGACAAAAUAUGGAUUUAUCUGGAAGGCGGAGGACCCCGCAGCAUAGAAAUUGUCGGCAUUUUGUGUAUGACAUUCCCGCCAAAGUUAUGGAAGAGUUUUAUAUGGUGAUGGAUACUCUGCCGCCUGGAGACUGGCGUCGGUUUGGCUCUCGUAUCAUAACCGAUCAGACCGAACUAAGGAACAUUGAAUUAUUUGAACGAAAGUCAAACAGCAAGACACGAGAGCUGAUGUGGGUGUGGGGAAUGAAACAAGCCACCGUCCAACAGCUUCUGGACAUCCUGAAUGAGCUGCAGCUGUACAGAGCCACCUCUGUCAUUAUGCCAGGGAAGUCUGAAGAUUUGUUCACUGUUCAGCCCGUUUCCUCCCACCUACCUGUGCCAGAAACGCCCGAGUUAUUUCAGCCCUCGGCUUUGUCUGGUGCUUUGCUGGAUUGUAUGGCCAACAUGGCCUCAGAAAUCUGUGUACACAAGCUUAAUCCAUUACCUGGACCAGCAACUUCUCCAGAUUAUUUGAACACCAACUCAAGUUGCGCCAAAAUCAAUAUAUCAUCAGGGAUGAAUGACAUUGGCAACAGGCCCUGCCAGGAAACUCGUCAACCUCCUGGGUUAUGCGGUGGCAUGUGGUCCUUGCUGGAUUUGAAAAAUGCCACAGAUAAUUUCAAUGAGAGGUAUAAGGUUGGCCAAGGUACGUUUGGCAAUGUCUACAAAGCCAACCAGUUCAAUACUGAAUAUGCCGUAAAACUGCUAAAUAAGUUAGAAGGUGCCAACUUGAAAAUCACAGAGGAAUUUUUUUGCACAGAGGUGGAGACUCUCUUCCAGUAUCGACACUCUAAUAUUAUGGCGCUAGAAGGCUACUGUGCCGAAAAUAAUUCCUAUUGCCUUAUUUAUCAGUAUAUGCCGAACGGCUCCCUUGAAAACAAGCUUCAGUGCAAGAAUCCUGCUGAUGCAAUGUUAUGGGAAACACGUCUUAAGAUUGCAGUUGGAACGGCGAGAGCGAUACAAUAUUUGCAUCAUUGUGAUGCGCCUCUAAUACAUGGAAAUAUAAAAAGUUCAAAUAUUCUGCUAGAUGAAGAUUUUACACCAAAACUGGGCGACUUUGGAUUGGUGACGAUUGGCCCUCUUAGAGCAGAUGCUCAUCAAAUCAACAGCCACACCACACUAAAUACCACGGCUUUACAGCGUCCUCUAGCCUACUUACCAGAUGAGUUCAUACGACACAGGUGUCUGUCAGAAAAAGUUGACAUCUUUAGUUUUGGAAUAGUUCUUUCUGAAAUUCUGACUGGUAUGAAAGCAGUGGAUGAGGGCAGACAACCAGCAUUACUGAAAGAUCUCAUGUUGGGAGAGCUGGAGACGGAUACAGAGAAAACAGCAAAUAAAAUUUGUCAGAAGUAUCUGGAUAGAAACGGUGAUCUACUUUCUCUUAGUUUUGCAAUUAGGUUUGCUGUAAUUGCCUGUCUGUGCAUCGAAAAGAUGAAACCCAAGAUGAACGAGGUUUAUUCUAUGCUGGAGCAACUUGACCAUGACCUUAAACAUCAUGAUAUGCACAGCUCUCCUGAGGAGACAGAAAACGUUGCUUGCAAGCUAUAUCGAUUGGCCUUAUGUCCACGGGAAAAUACAGAGAUCCUUUCCCCUUUCCUAGAUCCCAAUAAUGACAUAAAGUCUUUACAACCGCAGAGCGCAACUAAUUUCAAAGACUUACAACGAAACUCUGAACCUGAUGCAAAAUUGCUUCAAUUACCAUGCGAAUCUGACGAGUCAGAUAUAUUUUGUUACCACCAUGACCUAUUGUCUUGCAAAGUAUGCAAGGUUAAGAUAAAGAGUGUUUGCAGUGAUUACAGCUCUUGUUCUAACAGAACUGAAGAUAAUUCAAAAACCAAUACACAUGACUGCAAGUCCAACCUGGAUCCUAUAGAAACCGAAAGUACUUUCUUUCGAGAAUUAUCUCACUCAAGAAGCAGAGUCUCAAAGGGUUAUGUUCCAAAUGACUAUUCUAGUACUGCAUCAAAUGGUGUUUGUGAAUUUCCUGCAUAUCCAAAAGAUAGGACAGCAUAUCAUUUCAACCACAUGGGAGCCAACUACGAUUGUUCAAAGAGUUACUGUUGCAAUUCUGACAUUUCCCCUAUGUUGUCUCUUCAAAGAAGCGACAGGGUGACAAACAAUUCGGGAUUUGAGAACACAACCCCGUCAAGAGAUCCUUCUCAACAGAGCUUUAACAUCAAUGAGCUAAAUGAUGAAGCAUGUGCAUUUGAGCACUCUCUGGAACAUUUUCCGGGAUUGUCCAAUGGUACGAGUCCAGUAGUUUUGUCUUCCUCAAAUAUUAAGAUUUGUCCACACAAAAAGAAACUGCUAGAUAAAAUACAUUUGUAUGAAGAAGGAAGAAUCGAUAGUGCUGAGCUCUUCUCAACAACUUUUGUAACAGAGGAAUGAACCGGAUUGCUGCACUGCAGAAAACAAGUGGCAAUAUGGAAACCACAAAACUUACUGCAAAUUUAUGCACUCAAGCCAGAUGAAGGGUGAAGGCACUGUUUUCAAUGUAUCCAAAGGUUGUGUCUAUGUGCUUCAAUGACUACUAAUACUUUGUUCAUUUUCACAUUUAAAGGAUCGUUAUCUCCACAUGAUGCAAACUAUCAUUUUAAGACAAAAUUACUUCCAUUGAUCUGCCCAUUAAAAUGACACUCAGAAAA